GUUAGUUCAUGUAACAAGUACUAUUAUACUCUUGAUUGAUAAGAGACACUGCACUAAGGAAUGUUAAUUUGAAAUAGAUUAUUAUUGGUUCUGUACAUUCGAGCCAAAUAUAUUCAAUGUGAUGCAUAGGUUCAAAGCACACUGAGACGGGGUUAGGGAACCAGUGAAAAUACAACUUGAUUCUGAAUUAUUUUCUGUUGCUUGUAUUCUUCAAAAUAUUUCUCAAACUUGAAGUGUUAGGAUGCACGAGAAGACUAUUUUCCAUGCGUUCCAAGGAACCUUUCCACAGCUCAUUGCAGUACUGACAGGGACAAUUGGAGCAAUUUCCGAUGGAAUGAAUUACGGCUGGAGCGCUCCUGGAAUCCAGGUGUUGAAAAGGGAAGACUCUCCAAUCCACUUAGAAGCGAACGACUACAUAUGGUUAGAAAGUGUUUACAUCAUUGGCGGGAUUGCAGGGUUACCCGUUACAAUUUUUGCUGUGGAUAGAAUUGGGAGAAAAUGGUGUAUUUUGUUUUCGGCUACUGUUUCUGUGAUUUCAUGGUUGUUGAUAGGAUUAGCAGAUAGGGUUGAGUACCUUUACGUCGCCAGGUUCAUGGUGGGACUGUCUGGAGAUGUUGCAUUCGUAGCAGCUCCCAUGUACAUCGCUGAAAUAGCCGAUGAGAAAAUCAGAGGUUUUCUCGCUGGAAUAAUUUACGUGAUGAUGCUAAUUGGUAUUUUGAUAAUCUAUGCUGUAGCUCCAUAUGUACCGUUUUAUGUUCCAUCCAUCAUAGGAGCUGCACUGGCUUCUAUUCAAUUGGUUACUUUUCCUUUUAUGCCAGAUUCUCCGUACUAUCUAUUGUCCAAACAAAAACCUGAAAGAGCAAGGCUACAUCUACAGAGAUUGCGUGGUUCAGAGAAUGUUGCAUCAGAGUUUGAAGAGAUAACUGCUGCUGUUAAAAGACAACAAGCCGAGAAGGGAAGACCUCAGGAUUUAUUUUUGUCAAAAGGUAGUAGAAAAGCUGUCUUGAUCAUGAUUGUGUUGAAUGGUGCACAGCAUUUAAGCGGAAUAAGUGUAUUUUUAAUGAACUUACAUGAGAUUUUGUUAGCGGCUGAUUCAGUUUAUAUGAGCUCUGAAAUAGCUGGUAUUCUGUUUGCGUCACUAAUGUUAAUAUCAGCUUCCGUUGCCGAUUUCGUUAUCGACAAAUUUGGUCGUAAAGCUCUCCUCAUAACUUCAAGUUUAUUAACUGGCUUAUGUUUACUAGUUCUGGCAAUAUUCUUCUCAUUGAAAAAAAGCGAUAUGGAUGUAGACGGCAUUUCUUGGAUUCCACUAGUAUCUGUUAUGGUAUACGCUACAGUUUUCAAAUUUGGACUAGGCAUCGUACCAAUAGUCAUGACAGCAGAACUAUUUUCUGCGAAAGUUAAAGCUUUGGGAAUGACAUUUUCCGAUUUGUUUUAUCUUUUAUUCGCUUGGAUUUCUGUAGAAGUUUUCCAAAGACUUGCGAUAACUGUGGGUUACGAUAUUCCGUUCUAUGUGUUUUCUGCAAGCACUCUACUGACCGCUCUAUUUGUUCAGGUUUAUAUACCUGAGACUAAAGGAAAGACACUCGAUGAAAUUCAAUUCAUUUUGAAGGGAAUUCCUUUUCCACCAAGAAGCAAUAGCAUCAGGGCGAAUUCACUAUUUUGUGAUUCCAAUGAAUAUAAAGAUGACAAAAGGAACGGAGAAUGAAAUAUUUUGGUGUUUAAGUUGGUAUGAUAUGAUUUUCCUAAAAAGCCUCAAAUAUCGCCUGGCAUUUGUUCUGAUUUUCAAAUAGUAAGAAGUUGAUAUUGAAGGAAAUGGAAAAGGUAACGAAAUUUUGAAA